AUGACUUUUCCAAGAUCACACUUUCAAGGAACUCAUGACAAUGAAGCCGACCAAAGUAGAAUUACACAUGUUAAUGAUGUUGCACUUGGUCGUAAUUGCACAUCACCUAAUCAACGAAACAACCUGAGUCAAUCAGAUACAGAUGUUGAUGAAGCUUUGGAGGAUGCAGUAAUAUCAUAUGUUAACGCGGAUGCUAGAGAAAAUGUUGCAUUAUCAUGUCAUUCUCAAGAAUCAGGACAUGUAUUUCGAGCAAAGCACAAUAUUGCUCGAAAUUUCAAAAAUAAAAUGACGAUGCCAAAAUCCCAGUUGCCUCAUCCAAUUACCUACAAACAUUGCAAUUCAAGAUUGUUUCAUCAUGAAUCACGUGACACGUGUUGUACUGGUGGAAAGGUAUCAUUUUCACGAGUUAAUUCUCCUAUAGAUGAUUCAGCUGAAGGAAAACAUUUUAGGCAACAUAUUCGAAGUUAUAACCAUGUGCUCUCAUUCACUUCAAUUGGUGUUCACGUUGAUGAGAAUAUUCUUGCAUCUGGUCGUGGUAUAUACACAUUUCGUGCUCAAGGUGAUUUUUACCAUAACAUAUGA